AUGGUUAAAAUUUGUAUGAUGGACUGGAACAUUCAGUUUUGCUUGGAUAUGUUUGGGUAUUAUACUUAAAUAAUAAACAUAAAUAUUAUUAUACCAUAUAACAUAGUUUAUAAAACAAAUCUUAUGUUUGAUCAUUAAAUUGAUGCCUCAUUUUAUCCAUAUCAUUUAUAAUAUAUAUAUAAUAUGGAUUAUAUGAGAAUUAAUGUAUUAGCUGCAACUGCUGCUUCUGCAUAAUUAUGGUAAUUCCAUAUAUAUGUCUACGAAUGA